UGGAAAUGAGAUCCAUCUGUCACUGCUACGUAUCUAUUUAUGACUCUUGCAUCCUCGAGUUUUUUUUUCCACUCGUCUAUUGUAACAACAACAAGUUCUUCUUCUUGAGUCUGGACGUGGAUCUCGAAGCAGGUGUUUUGGUUUAGUGAGUAGGAACCACUGCUCCUUGACACGGCGCGUCGUCGAACCGAAAGAAAAGCGAAAUAGCCAGAAAGAUGACGCGCAACGUGGACAAGAACUCGUAUUUGCUCGUCCCAUCGGACGUUACGCUGUUGGAGAACAAAGUAUCAAUCGGCCGCAAGUCGCUGGGCUUCUUGGAGUUCCUCGGUAUAGCCACCACCUUUCCCAUGUACCACAACUCCUACUCCAAGCUCGACGCCAGCGAGAAAAAGGCCGUUCUCACGAAAGAGUACAAACAAAACCAGCACACGAGACUUGCGUUUUUGUCUUAGACAUAUUCCGAAGAGGUUCAUCUUUUCCAUUGUAUUACUUUCGCCCAGUGGCAGUUGGUUAUUCGUGCACGUGCACGUAAUACAAUAUUUAUCGAGGAAUUGAUCAUUGUUCCACUAUGUCUGUCGAAAGCUUCUUCCUUUCAUCGAAAAGCCAAAGUGCGUCAGACGCUGCGAUGCUACUGAAACUCAAACACAGUUACGAUUUCCAGAGCUCCAACCCGGAGGUAGAAGUCUGCAAGGCCCGGCAGCUCGCAGUCAGUCGCGAGGUAAGUAGGACAAGCAUGACUUGUUCGUCUGUAGCCAAGGAGCAACGGGAUGCGUAAUCAGUUGUAGAUGGUUGAAGUCCACCCACCUGGCACUGUCUACUCAGUCAGCCUUGUUUUGUCCAAAUCGCAUUGAUGAUAUCAUCUAGGUUCUUGAUGUUCGUGCAAUAAAUGUCAGGUAAAAAGUCACCUCGGCUGGUGGGCGGGCUUUGUGGGAUUUGGUUUCACCACCUUCUGGUCCGUCCGAAAGUACAACUGGCAAGCCAAGGCCAUGUGCAUUCCCUUCAUGGCCUACGCAGGUACGAGUUAUGACUCAAUGAUCGCAAUUAGGUGAAAUAGUUUAGCCGGUCGUGAAAUGAAAAUGACAUAAAGAUAAAGUGCAACAUCAUGAACUUCAAGUACCCGGAACCAUUGUUCGGUUUUGUUUUUUAUCACAGGAUCCUGGGUCGGCCGGUUUGCGGGGGAUGCGUUGUCGGGACGCAACGCGGAAACCUACCGUGACCGGUAUUUGGCGAGCCUCCCCGCUAAGAUGUACUACAGCCCGCCUUCCGAGAAUCCGUAAAAACGUCAGCCGUGCGUCGACACCAGAAAUUGAUCGGGGAGACAUGAUUUUUUAAGACACGAUAAGUGCACCACCACACACGACUUCGAUUUGAAAAUGUACAGUGAAGGAGCAAACGUCUUCUACGAACAGAUUCUUGAUGAAAAAAGUUGUAAACGCGCAAAAAUACAUACACAUGCGAGAGGAGUGCGGCUUGCUAUUCUUGUGCCUGAGCGCCGGGAGCCACAAAAAGAAAUUGCUAUUCAAGUAAUCUCUUGAUGUCAUUUCAGCACGUCUCACAGUCGUUUUUUCGUGCUGCUUGCCCAUUGAAUUGAGAUGAUCGAAAUCGAAGUGAU